GAGAUUUAGUCAAUAAAGUGUGCUCUUUAUUAUAAUAACUCAGGGAAUCAGAGCUCAUAAAUAAACAUAUUUAUAUAAGCUUAAUUCGAGGGAAAGAGAAUAUGACGAACAGCCGUCGAUGAUAACCUACACCUCUUAUAAGAAAUUACUCUCCAUUCGUCGCUGGUAUUUCGACUCGAGAUGCUGUCAGUGUUCGCGUGGAUUUUGUUAAGCGUAUUAUACCUUAGCCACCCAGGACGUUCCCAGUUUCUGGACGACUCCUGUGGACCUCCGUCAAUUCGGUCCAAAAUUAAAGGUGGCGAGCACGCAAAACCUCAGGCUGCCGAAUGGAUGGCAUCCGUCGGAGAUUCAAGCGGACACCUGUGCGGCGGCACUCUUAUCCACAAAAGCUUCGUUUUGACGGCGGCUCAUUGCAUUGUUACCAACCUAUUCGUCAUACUUGGAGCAUACAACAAACAACUUUCGACUCGUAGAAUCCGCGUGAGCAAAGCGAUAAGGCACCGAGAAUACAACAGCAGGAGUUACCACAACGAUAUAGCUCUGCUUAUGCUGGAACGCAGUGUUGUGUACAACGGAUACGUAAGACCAAUAUGCAUUUACUUGGACCGGAGUGUGGGAAGGCAAAUACGGAAGUACGACGCCUACGGCUGGGGCCGAACAUCCAAUGCCCCGGGGAGCGAUGUCCUUAAAACCGUCGCUCUUGAUCGAAGAGAUCCCAGAGUGUGCACAGAGAAGUUGGGACUGACUCCCAGGGAAACACAGAUAUGUGCAGAAGGCACAACCGGAGACACCUGUGGCGGCGAUUCGGGAGGUCCGUUGAUCGGAUCACUGGAUGUUGGAGGGCACACCUACGAGGCGCAGUUCGGAAUCAUCAGUAUGGGUACCUCCGGUUGCUGGGGAGUGGGAGUAUAUACCGAUGUAGCGGGCUAUGUUGAUUGGAUUGCCAAAACCAUAACUAACUAUCUAGGCAUGUGGUUGUACAAGGACUGCGCCGGCUAUUCCCUAGAAUCCAUCCUAGGAGCAACUAUUUACGGAGCUAAUCGCACCUCAGGGGGCGUGUUGAUCACAGACCGAUAUGUCCUAACAAGUGCCGAGAACCUACCAAAUAUUCCCGAUUUUUUAUCUGUCGUCGUAAUGCAUUUGGAAUUCAAAGUUCAAGGGCUUUGGAAGUCGCAAAAUGGCAUAGCAUUGCUACAACUGAAUCACCAGGUGACCAUAGAUGGAAUGAAACCGAUCUGUAUGUUCGGGACCAACUACCUGCGGCAGCCCUACCAGCUCGGGAGGUUUCAAAUACUUGGCAGUACCGAUCGUGGUUACAAGUAUUACUGUGAGGUUGAUAUUGUGGACAACCAAAUGUGUGCCAACCAUGUGCAAAGAGCAAUAGAGCCGACUCAGUUUUGCGUGGCUGAUAUACUAAGACAAAAUUGCAGCCAAACCAUUGUGAAGCCUGGAGAUAUAUUGUCAGAAAAGCAGAUAUACUUUGUUCUGUUAGGUAUUGUCACGUACUCAUAUAAUGGCCUGCACGUUAUAGAGAAUGCUAGAGCGUAUACGGAGUUGAUUGAGCAAACAGUUUACUCUAAUAGUCACUCCAAGAAGUAAUUUUAAUGAAUGAUCGAUUUGAGGAGAAUGAAUAGUACACUUUUUAUAUCUAUUACCCUCCAAGGUGUAGUGGUGUAGAAAAAGAAGAACGACUAACUCUUCACAACAUUUAUUUACCAUUUGGUCUAUGUUUGUGUGCACUUACUAUUGCAAUUUCAGGUCGACUUACAGCAAACCAGACUUCGCCCAAGGGCAAAAUGUUUAAACUAAUAACGUAGGUUAAUAAAAUGCAAUCGAAUAGCCACAAAUGGCUGGGACAAUAA